CCUCUUUUAUAGCUGCCCCACAUGCAACAUUGUCGUGUUCUGUUCGAUCAAGUGUCGCGAAACUGCGCGCAUACACUACCACCAGUAUGAGUGUGAAGGUCUGCAAAGACACUUUUGGGAUUUGAAGAACACUGAUUUCAGUUACAUUGCGUUCCGGAUGGUUUUAUACGGAGCCCAGCACGGCUUCCAGAGCCGGCUACCGAAGAAAAGCAAAAAAUGGGGCAGAAAUUCAUAUGGCAAUAAUUAUCUUUUCGUCCAAAGACUGAUAUCGCAUUUUUAUCGAAUCCCCAUAAUGAAAGUAUAUGAGGUUUUAAGGAAAUCGGCCAAAACCGUUGUCUAUCUGAUGACGCGCACCAACUUCUUUCAUGACUUCGAUAAGACAGUGAGCGUUUUUUUGGUAGGCGGACUGCUAGUGAGGCAUUAUUUCCAAGCGCAGAUGAAUUGUACGUAUCUGAAGAACCACCACAUCAGACAAAAGCCGUUCCUAUCUCGGAUUGUGACUGGAAAGGCGAUCUGUCCAACGAUUGCCCUGCUCAAUCAUUCUUGUUAUCCAAAUGCAAUCAUCGUGAGCUGCGGUGACCAGUUGCUAGUCAGAGCGCUAACCACCAUCGCAGCAAAUGAAGAGAUUACCGUCUGCUAUCACCCGAUUCGYCCCUCUUUAACRUUAGCGGAUAGGCGGCUGUUAAUGGAAUCGAUCUAUUACUUUUUUCGUCCGUGUGUGUGCACAAUGUGUAUCUGGCAGAACAUACUAAAGGAUCAUGGUGUCAUUUGCACUGGAUGCGCACGUAAAUAUGCCGAGCCGAAUGUUAAGAGCUACACAGGAACCAUAGAAACCUGUCUUUCUUGUAUUAAGGCCCAGGACGCCUAUGCACCAUUUGAGAAAGCAGUCUUAGAGGUUCUCAGGGGGAAAUCCAACCCAGUGGACACCCAGUGCAUACAAACAUUCGUGUGCAUGUUAACUGACCAAACUGGAUUUACUCCAUUCCUGAACAUGCAACUAUUCGAAGCACUAGCUGAGGCGUUUCUGAAGCACUUAGGAAGUUUUAAGGACUAUUUGUACGUCUGGCAGUUUCGCAGCAUAAUGCUUUUGAAUACACAGCCGUUGAAUAGCGAAUACGCAAUUGAAUUAAGAUUGCGUAAUAUCCUGGAUUUAAUAGCAAUGCAAACGUGUUGCAACGAUCAGCAAAAUUUUUCAAUCACUACGGAAAUGGAGAGGUCACGCAUUAUAAAAAUUAUUGAUAUAAUCAAAAAUUUGUGCAACGGACUUUUAUUGUAUAUGCCGCGUGAGGUGGUGGCAACUGUUGAAGUGCAAAUUGUCCCAUAUCUCGAUGAAAUAUUAUUGAAUUUCUGCCAAACUAAGAUUGGGAUAUAUUAAUACUCAGCGACACUUUUAUCCUGACAAGGCCAGUGGUGUUCAUACAUUCGGAGCGAUUUAGGUAGCAUUUCAUCAACUGUCCCUCAUUUUAGGUACUAUAGCAUAUUGUAUGCUAUUAAUCCGAUUUUUCAGUUAAUGUCUCGAUGUUUUUCGUUGUUUUUUUAAUUGUGUUUUACAAACUUGUUCCGUUAGUCUAAUACGUGGUUUUUGUCAAAAGUAUUUUUGUCGUUGUAAAGUUGUCGAAAUUGUUCAACUCUAAAUACUUAAAAGUCCGCAAAUUAUUUUAAACGGUUUUGUAAAUCCUUAUGAGAUUGAACAUCUUUUUCUGCUUAGAGUUACGUUUAUUAUUAAUGGCUACAUUUUAUAUAGAGUUUGACGCAUAUUUACGCUUAAGUAUAUUAUAUAUACUAUUGUAAGUAGUUUAACAAUAUUUUUGGAAUUUCUUGCAAGAAAUGGACUUUUCCAAUAUAUUUGUAUCUUCAAUUACUGCAGAUAAACAAGAUGAGACGAAA